AUGCCAGAAGUAAGCGAAAUUGACAAGUGUAGAGCGAAGAGAAAAGUCGCGAAAGCUAGCGUGACAAGAAAUAUGAAUCGUGUCAGAGAGCUGAUCUCUAGCGAUGGAAGUGUUUCGAAAGUCCGACAGUUUGCCAAAGGUGUAGAAGAAGGUCGUACGAAAGCCCGUGACCUUAAGAAAAAACUGGAAGAGCUUGAUCCAGCGUCAAUUGAGACUGAUGGUAGCUGGUUAGAAGAGGUAGAAUUUGAUGUCAACGAAGUCCUGGGAGAAGUUGCUGAAUAUUUAUUAAAGUCUGAGAGCCCAUCGCCAAACGAACAGUCUAGUAUUACACCACCAACUGCUCAGAAUAAUGAUGAAAAUACUGAAACUGUGAACGAUUCAAUGUCUGGGAAAAGAACUGGUCUGAAAGGUGUUGAAAUCCCAUCAUUCGAUGGAAAACCAGAUAAGUGGCCGUACUUUGGGGGAAUAUUUAGUUCUCUUGUCCAUAAAAACGAUAAACUAACGCCAGCAAUCAAGCUAGCUCAUCUGAAUAGCUGUUUAACGGACAGAGUACGUGAAGUUAUUGCAUGCCUGACCGGGGAGCCUGGGGACUAUGACAGGGCGGUGAAACAACUCACUGAUAGGUAUGGGGACCCCCGAGAAAUUAUAGAUGCCCAUUUGCGCAGAAUAAGUUAUUGGCCCCACAUUAAGGAUAAGGAUCGUGAAGAAUUUCAACGCUUUGCAGAUGCAUUACAAGCAGCUGUGUUUGCACUAGAUAAACCUGACUAUAGGCAUGAAUUAGCUAGUAUACCUCUUUGUACCUUGUUGGUUCAAAAACUCCCACCUAGAGAAAGGGAUGAAUGGGUAAAACAGGUUGAGAGGGAAGAUUACUCGGAAGACAUGAAGGGUUUAGCCAAGUGGGCCCAAGUUAGAGCCAAAACCAUGCGUAAACGUGAGCGAUACAAUAUUGAGCCGCCAGAUAAGGGUAAAGAGUCAACUAAUUUUCAGCCACCAAGUCGCAUGCGAGGUAGGGUCCAUGCUCUAUGCACAUCUGGAUUUGAUCCAGAACACCAAAGUUUAAAAAAUUGUCCAUUGUGUGAUAAAAAACACACUGAAGUCUCAUGCCCUUUGUUUUUUGAUAGUUCUGUUGAGAAACGUUGGGAAAUUGUAAAAAAUAAAAGGGUAUGUUUUGGUUGUUUGAAACCUGGCCACCAACGGCGCCUGUGCACAAAGUCCACCAAAUGUGGGGUAGACUCAUGUGACAAAGGCCAUCAUUAUUUAUUGCACAGUUCUAAGUCUAAGCAUGAGAAACCAUCUGAUGACCCACCUAAGACCCCAGAGGAAAACAAAGCAAUGCAUUGUGGGAAAGCACAAAUCAGCACACCCAUAAGUGAGAGGGUUGCCCUGAAAACUGUAUCUGUUCCAUUUAUAGAUGAUUCUGGAAGGGUAGUCAAUGGUUUGGUACUUUUAGACUCAGGAAGUGAGACCACACUUGUAAGAGCAGGGUUUGCAAAUCAGUUAGGCAUAAAGGGGCCUAAGCAAAGUCUUACUGUGGAUGCAGUAGGAGGGGUACGCACCGUAAUGAAGUCACAACGUGUACAUUUACCAUUUGCACCACACAUUACAAAGGCAAAAAUAACAGGGUGGACCAUUAAUAAUAUCUGUGCCCCUGUCCCAGAUGUUAAUUGGCCUGAGAUUAAGCAUAAUUAUGCCCACCUAAAUGAUGUCCCAAUAGAGCCACUAAGUAAGGGCACUGUUGAUGUCCUGUUAGGGUUAGAUGCAGCUGCAUUAAUGGCACCCGUGCAAGUUAGACGCGGGGGGCAUUUAGAGCCAUAUGCAGAGUUGACACCCUUAGGUUGGGUGAUUGCCGGCCCAGUCCCCGCCUCCAAUGGUCAGGAGAAGCGUGUCCUGUGUGUCCACGUGUCGGAGGGCGAAGGCGAUGCUAAUCGAGAGUUACGAAAGUUCUGGGAUGUGGACAGUUUCGGUGUUCGGGCAGAGAUUAAGUCACCUUACACGCCUGGUGAGCAGAAAGCCUUGGACAUUCUUAAUCAAUCAUGCAAGCAGCAGGAGUUUGGUUAUCAACUCGGACUUCUUUGGAAAACGAACAGACCUAGUUUACCUAAUAAUUAUGACACUGCCUUGAAACGCCUAGAAUCGGUUGAACGUCGCCUUUUGAAGGAUCCGAAGUUAGCUGAGGGAUAUUUAAAAGCGAUAAAUGCAUAUGUUGAAAAGGGAUUUGCACGCAAGUUAUCGGAAGAAGAGCGCGUAAAACAUGGUGAACAGUGGUUCUUACCCCAUCACCCUGUUCUCUCCCCACACAAACCCCUACCGAGAGUAGUAUUUGAUUCCGCAGCAAAACAUG